UUGUAUCGCAUAAUUUUAGCAGCAGCAACUUCCAGUGAAUGCCAACAGUGUAGAUAUGCCGUUGAGCUUCUGCAUGACGCUUGGGGUGAUAAAAUUACGGAAGAAUGUGACGAGUUUAUCUAUGUUCUCGGACAAAUCAUCGUCGAGCCGCAUCAAAUCUGCGGUCUACUGCUCGACGGUGAGUUGGUACUAGCUGGGAAACCGACACUACGUGCCCUACACCUCACCGAUAUUCAUUUGGAUAUGUACUACACUCCUGGGCUCGAAGCACAAUGCUCUGAGCCUCUGUGUUGCCGACCUCAACAGGACCCAAAUGUAGAAGGAAAUGCCGAUGUUCAAAAACCGGCUGGUCCAUGGGGUACGGUUGGCAGUUGUGACACACCCUACUGGCUAUUCACUAAUAUGCUUCAAUUCAUUCAGAAGAAUCACAAAGAUCUUGACUACGUGAUGGUGUCGGGUGACCUGGUCUCACAUGCCGUCUGGGACUAUUCCCGUGAUGCCCAUGUAGCAAUGGUGAAGAACAUCUCUGAUACGAUCCGAAUGUACUUCCCUAAUAUCCCUACCUACUUUGCUGUGGGAAAUCAUGAAGGAGUACCGAUUGACAACUUCGCCCCUCAUUUCACUCCAAAGAAGUUCCAUAUGGAUUGGCUGUAUGAUGCUAUGGCGGAUGCAUGGAAUGGAUGGGUUCCAGAUGAUCAAGUAAAAACUGUAAAAUACAUGGGCUGCUACAUGAAGCAAAUCUACCCCGGUUUGCGGCUCAUAUCUAUCAACAAUGCGCUCGGAGGAGAUGCAGUUAACUUUAGCAGUUCUGAGCUUUUCGAAUCAAUGACAGAGUCUGCCAAUUUCCUAAAAGAGUUAUAUCCAGGGCUGAAAUCACAAGCGCCGUCUGAGUGGAGUAACAUGAUUGAGCGGAUGAAAACAGAUGAUGUGCUUUUCGAGAAGUAUCGCGAGAAUUACUAUCGCCGUUCGAAAUACGAUGGUAUUGGAAACUGUAAUGACAGCUGUAAAAAGGGAUGGUUAUGCAGCGCUCGACAACUGCAUCAUUCGAAUACACUUUGUGCUGACCUAGGGUCGAUUUCGAAAAGUCUUCCGAUAUUUCAGCCCUCAUCGAAAGGAAGGGUCGAAACAGCUAUCGCCGCAAACCAAAACCAGCUCAUCUGA